GAUAAUAUGCUUUCUCAUUCGUCAGUUUUAUUAGUGGGACUCACUAAUAGCUUGGUAUCAUAACGAGAGGUUGGUGGUAGAUGGAAGUGUGGUUGAAACUGCCAAUCGGCUUCAGACUCUUGUUCUCCGACAAGCGUCACUUGGCUCACAAUUUGGAAGAUUUGUUUGUUUCUUCCAAAGUUAACGACAACAUGGGUGGUCGCGCAUCCGAUCUGCUCCUAAAGAUCCUGGUACAACCACCAAUUUUCCUAUACCAUCGUCGGAUAGCGUCUUCGUCUUUGCCAAUUACACUAUUGAAACGAUGCCACGGGUGCGGCCGGUUCGUACGAGGAGGAGAAAGAUCAGCAUUUACACAUUCGGUUUCCACUGCUAGGAGUACUUCGAUCCAGUGGAAAAGGGGUCUGGUCACCCAGGCGACAGCGGCAGCAACAACAGAAUCAGCACCACUACCAGAGCAAGAAGAGGAAACACGAACGACUGCGACUUUUAAUCCUUUAAUAGAACACCCACGCGACAUUUCAGCUGCCAUAAUUAAACUGUCCCGGAAACGACGGACAACCGAAGCGCUGCACAAAUACCUUAGAGCACUUGCCCACGAUCAGUUUCCUAGCAAAGAAUCAUUAUACCAACUCUCGUACGCGCUUUACCGACAAAAGAAUCUCACUGGCCUCUAUGCAUUGCAUGAUACCCUCCUAUUACAAUAUAAAAACCGGAGCAAGAGCAUAAUGUCACAAAGCAGAGAGCGAUCCAUGGUGUACCUGUAUACAAUGUUGAUCAAGCUCAUUGCCGACAAGUCAACUUCACCGUCCCGUCACAACAACAAUGCGCCACUGGAUAUGAAAUCUAUCGCACGCCUUUGUCACGAAAUGGCCGAGUACAACCUAUCCGAUCGCACAAGCUUGUACAACUCACUGAUCCAUUUAUUCAUGAAACGACGCGACUUGUCAAGUUGCCAUGCUCUCUACGACAAUAUGAAGCAACGACACAUACCACCAACAGUGUAUACGUACAGCAUUAUGCUCGAGGUAUAUGGAUGGCAAAAAGAUUUGGAUGGCAUGUCAAGGUUAUUGGACGACAUGUAUGACCGUGGUAUUUCUCCGGAUGCAGGAAUCGUCAGUGUGGUUGUAUUUGGUCUAUGUCGACGACGCGAAUAUGAUACAGCACACAAUUUUGUCAAUGGGCUUUUUCAGAGCAGUGGAGGUGACGCCCGUCUCAUUGGGAUCAAGAUGCGCGAACGCUUGUUGAAGGGUAUUAAUCAGGCAGAAGAGAAACGACACAAGCUAGUCCGUGCUCGCAAGAUAUGGAGGAAUAAUUCAAAGAAGAAUAAAAGACGCAAAAAAGUCUGAAUCAAAAAUAUAUCGAAUUCUAAACGUGUGUGUUAUUCGAAGGGAGUUGAGAUGCGGGUGUCUAGGAGAAAUAUGCCGAAAUUUGUUAUACACGUAUGUAAUAUUUCGCAAAAUUUGGUAAUAAGCCAGAUGAGCCUGUGUAUUAUAAUAUAUGCAUACAUUUUUAUUACUAUGAUACAAAAAA